UCGGGUCACCGGACAGCGGGGGGCGCGUCCAGCUCUUCCGAGCUUCGACAAGCUUUCCCCAACGAUAAGCCGGACUUGGGUAAACCCCAAAAAGCCCACAAGGGCAAGAACCUGCCCUGCUCGGUGUGUGGGAAGUGCUUCGCUAGCAGGUCGCACCUGCUUACGCAUCAAAGGAUCCACACGGGAGAGAAGCCCUUCUCGUGCCCUCAGUGCUUGAAAUGCUUCAUCGAUAAGUCGAGUCUUAAUAAGCAUCUGAGGGUCCACACGGGGGAGAAGCCCUUCCCGUGUUCCUACUGCGGGAAGCACUUUUCCCACAAGUCGGACCUCGUGGUCCACGAGAGGCUCCACACGGGCGAGAAGCCUUAUUCCUGCUCCGACUGCGGGAAAUGCUUCAUCGACAAGUCCAAGCUCCUGAAACACCAGAGGAUCCACACGGGGGAGAGGCCCUUCGUCUGCCCCGAAUGCGGGAAGUGCUUCACCGACAAGUCGGGUCUCGUCUACCACCAGAGGAUCCACACGGGGGAGAAGCCGUUCUCGUGCUCUGACUGCGGGAAGUACUUUACCUGCAAGUCCAGCCUCGUUACCCAUCAAAGGAUCCACACGGGGGAAAAGCCCUUCUCGUGCGCCGAGUGCGGAAGGAGCUUCACCAGCAAAUCCAACUUCGUGACCCAUCAGAGGACCCACACGGGCGAGAAGCCGUUCUCGUGCUCCGAAUGCGGGAAGUGCUUCACCGAUAAGUCCAGCCUCAUUAUACAUCAGCGGAUCCACACGGGGGAGAAGCCGUUCGCGUGCCCCGAGUGCGGGAAGUGCUUCAACAGCAAAUCCCAGUUCCUCAUACAUCACGGCCUUCAUACCGGAGUGAAGCCGUUCACGUGUUCCGUGUGCGGGAAGUGUUUCAGCAGCAAUUCGAACGCCCUCAAACAUCAGAACAUACACACGGGGGCGAAAACCUUCUCGUGUUCCGUCUGCGGCAACGCCUUCACUGCUAAAUCGAGUCUCGUUAGACACCAAGCCAUCCACCUGAAGAACAAAUCCAUCGAUCACGGAAAUGCAAUCCGAUGAGCAGCUUCUUAACCCGUAGGGCCGACAGAUAAAAAAUAUCAAAAGGACUUUUUCAUAUACCUUUAAAAUUUGACAAUAUGGCAAAAUCCCGGAGAAAAAAAAAAAGUGAAUUACCGUAUUUGCUCGAUUAUAUGCUCUGAAAAAUACUCCUCGUCUUAUAUUCGAGGUCGUCUUCUAAUCAGAGCUUAAAUAGAGGUCUGACUACAAGAUCCAGAUCCCCCGCAGCGCUGCAGGGGACCUGGAUCCUCCUCUCCGGCAGCCACGAUGCUCGCAGACAACCUCCGCUGCUGCCCGGCACUUCCUCUGGGGCCUCUACGGCGGAGCGCCGGCGUGACCUUCAAGUGCUCCAUCAUAGAAGCCCCGAUGGAGGUCCUUGGUAGCAGCAGAGGUUGUGUGUGUGCAUCACGCAGACGUCCACCAGCUGCCCCUACUAGACACCAAGGAAU